AUGUCAAUCAAGUCUGUUUGCAAUCUUGUCAUUACACCCAAUGAUAUAAUGGGUUUUGAUACAACGGAAGUAAUGGCAACAUCGUUAGUACUACCUGCUGAUAAUGAAGUCAGUGAAUUUUUGAAACGAAUUGCUAAAGAGUUAGGCAUAGAAUCAGAAACAUCAGCGAAUAAGAUAUUACAACUGUACUUACAAGAUAUAGCUAAUAAAAUAAAAUUAUUGAAACAAAGAACAAAUACCAGCAUUAUUAUAUAUGUAACACAUUGUGAACAAGAUGAUCCAAUGUCGUCAUGGAUCGAUAAUGAAGAUAAUCUUCAAGCAUUACAUACAUACAGAUUUGUUGAUGUUGUUUGUGGUACAACACAAAUUGGUGGUAGAUUUGCUGAAGCAAUCAAAGUAUUACGAGAAGAAACAAGACAAAAUUUAUGGAAAUCAAUAACACAGAAUAUGUUAGCUAAACCCGUAAAAGUUAAAGCAACGAUGAAUAUGUUUAAAAAAUUAUGGAACUCAGUAUGUGAUUUCAUUAAUUUUGCUGACCAGUGGAAAUUUCUUACUAAUCAAUUUCAAAAUUUUCUUAAUUAUUUAAAAUCAUUAGGUGUGGAUGAUGAGACAUUAGAAGAAAUUAAUAGUGCUUUACAUUAA